GGUGUCGUCGGUAUCUCUGUAUCUGGCGGAGUGAUCCGCCGCCAGUAAUUAUGACUGCGUGAAGAAAUCAAUACGAAAUACGAGGUGAAGAUGGCCGGCAAGCCCAUGAGUAGCAGCUGCCAGAGCAUAGCCACGGCGGCUAGCAGUGCGGCCACCACGGCAGCGGCUGUAUCCAUCUCUGCCUCGAAUGCCACCUCCGUGGGCUCCCUUAUUGCCGCCGCCUGCCUGCAGCAGCAGCAGCAGCCGCAUCAGCCAAUAAUGCACCAGCAGCACCACUCUUCCCAAGGCAAUCCGCACUAUCAGCCGUCUCAUCAGUAUGUCAAUGGCACCGGCAGCCUGGGACGCCUCAAGUUUCACAAGAGCCUCGAUGCCAGCGACGAGGAGAUCGAGUAUGCGCAGCUGUCCCGCUCCACCCACAUCCUGGGGCGCUACAAGUCCGAGCGUUUCCUGGCGUCCAAACCGGACGAGGAUCGACGGCGACGCACGAUAAUCGUGGAGAAAAAGAACGACUCGUAUGGAUUCACCCUGCAGAGCUAUGGCAUCCACUACAAGCGUGACGAGGAGCUGGAGAUGAUAACAUAUGUGGACUAUGUGGAGUAUGGUGGUCCGGCUUACAGGGCUGGGAUGCGUGAGGGAGAUGUCAUUCUGUCCAUUAAUGGCAGCGACAUGGAGAAGGCCGACCACAAGACCAUCGUGGAGUUCAUCAAGCAGUGUGACACCAGGAUGCGUAUGGUGGUGCUCUUCGAGGAUUGCGUGAGGAAGGUGGACCUCCACAUGCGCUACAUCCAGCUGCAGAGCAUGCUGCAGCAAAAGAUGAACGAGCUGGAGAGGGUGCAUCUCCGGGAACGGGAGCUUUUGGAGGGCAAGUGGAAGACGCACAGCCUGCCGGCACGGAAGAAAGCCACCGCCAACACCUCGCCCAGCGACGGUGAAGGUGUUUCUCCAACGGAGGGUGGCGGCGGUGACACUGGCUUCUAUCGUCCCGCCCUGUCCACCGAAGAUGUGGCCAAUAUGGCAGCACGACAACAGGCAGCGUCCGUGGUGGGUGGACAUCCUGGCAUUAUACCGCCGCCUGCUCAGUUCAUGCUCACCUAUCACUACCUGGAUCCCACCUAUCGGUAUGUCCUGAGGCCCACUCACGGCAGCUCCGAGGACUAUAUCGAUGGUCUGGGUCUUCAGCGGAGCAGUAGUGAUCACCAGCCGCCAGGCCAGGCCAGUGGUCAGCAGCAGCGUUACAUCCUGCAGCGAACCGAGUCAGUGGACACAAAUACAAUUAGUCAACCCACGGCCACGGCACCCACGCAGUACCACAGUACCACGGGCGGUGGAUCGGUGAAGCCACCGGCUCCACCACCCCGCACUUGCGAGAAGCACAAGCCGCCGGCCAAGCCACCCAAGUCAGAGAAGGAAAAGUCCGCCGGAAAGCACUGCCAUGUGGGGCAUUCGUGCAAUCCCUGCCUGGGUCAUUUUCGCUGGAAAUCAGCGGAGAAGUCGGCUCUGCCGGCACCCGACAAUGUCAGCCUGGAUGCCUACGAUCUGGCCAGUCCCUGCUGCGAUACUCAUUGUGUGCCAACGCGGCGUCGUCAUCGCCAGCACAAGGAGCACACGCACAAGCACAAGCACAGGGAAAGGGACCGAGAGCGGGUGGAGAGCAAGGAACAGAGGAUCAGGCCCAAGUCCCAGUCGCAUGCCUCACCGAAUGCCAAUGGAUCUGGACACCACCAUCACCAUCAUCAUCAUCAUCACAGCCACGAGCAGCAGCAGCAGCAGCAGCAGCAGCAACAGCAAUCGCAGGCAGUGCCUCAUCACCAUCAUUAUGGUACGCACCAGGUGCAAAACCCCUGCCAGGUGCAGUCCCAAACCGGGAGCACUCGCUCCCGGUACUUUGACCUGGCCUCCGGCCUGGCCAGUCACUGCAGCCUCCACUCCUGCACAUCCAGUGAGUUCGCCCCGGGGGAUUCCGCCUCCUACACAACUUCCAUUAGCACGGAUACCUUGUUCUGGGAUCCCAAAAGUGAGCCAGGUCAAUCCCGGCAACCAUCCACGAAAUCCAGGCAAUCCUACGAGCAGCAAGUCCCUCAGCAGGGACAGCCGCAUCAAGGACACCACCACCAUCACCAUCAUCCGCAGCAGCAGCAGCAGGGGAGUUAUCAUCAGGGCUACCAUGUGGCCACUGCUCAAAUGCAGCCCUCACAGAUUUAUCCCAACACCAUAGCCUACAUCCAGAAGCCCAAGUCCUGGGACAAUCUGGCCACCAAGGAGGGCUACCACUUCAACUAUGGCUACCUGGACACGGUGGCUGUCAAGCCCGCGGUCAAGAUGCAGCUUCCCCAGCAGCGUCACUCGAUGCCGCGAAGAAAUCCCUAUGGAAGAUACUCCACGUACGGCGAUGUGGAGAACUAUGCACCGCCGCCCACCGAAUUUGUGGGUGAGCUGACCACCACCACGACGACGACCAUCACAGCCAAGUCCACGGAGGAGCUACUGGCCGCCUGCGACUGCCUGACGCCGCAGCAACAGGCUGCCAUUAAGGCGGCCCAGUACCAGCUCAGCCAAAGCCAGAAGCUGACCCACCAGAACUCCUGCCAGAUGGGCUACUAUUCGCACCUGCCGCGCCCCACCACGGAUGUGGGCACCUCCACCUCCACCACCACCACCACGACCAGUCAGCAGGUGCAUGGCGGAGCAGGAGAUGUUCAGACCGUGUCGGAGGCCACGCGGUUGUAGGUGACACUUGUCUAGGCCGGAAACAAGCCUAGAUCUUAGCCAGGAACCGUCUUAAGAAUAGGGAAGGAUGCAGCUCCUAUGGUUUAGGAGAGAUCUUAAGGGGCUUCAUAAUUCAAUGAGUAUAAAGUUAAAAGGGUUUGGAAGUAAAAUAUUAGAUUUUAUUGGAAAUAUAAA